AUGGCGGGCGAUAGUGCUCCUAGUGUCUCCUUGGAGGGGCUUGCUGCUGAGUGGGAUGGAAUUCCCACGAUUAGAGAUCGUCUUCGAGCAGGUCGAGCCAUCAUAGAGGAGGUUUCGAGCAAAAAUGUUGAUAUUCAGACUCCGAGUGCCUUCAGCGAUGUUCUGGUGCCCAUCCUUGUGAGGAUGAGAGAGUGUGCUAAGCAACUUCCUAGCAUCGAAGCCGUCCGAGAGCAAGUGGCCUCCCUGCUGGAGAUGAACAAGCGAGACCCCGACGAAACCGUAGUUCACAAAAACUCUUGGCUCCUGAAAAAGCAAUGUGUCUUCGUGAAGAUGAAAGUUCGCCGCAUGGAAGCUGUCGUUGACCAAGUCAACGAAAGCAGGGCCAAGCUGCUGGCCUUGAGAAGCUCGAGGCAGAGCGAGGACAGUUUUGACGAAGAUGAUUACGAUGACGAUGGCUCCGAUCUGGCUGGGCUGCUGGAGCAAAUGAGGGAGCUGAAUGAAAAUAACUCCGUGGACCCCAGGUCCAGUGGUUCUGGGGGGGAGGCCGGUGAGCUUUCCACCCAGCUCGAUGUGGUUUCUGUUGAUGAUGAUGCAGCAAACGACAAUGACGAGGCGAAUUAUGAAAGCGCCGAGGAUGCGAUCCGGGCGAUCGACUAUGAGGAGCCUUGCGAAGAUCGAGCUAGCAAACUUGCACGCCUGGCCUUGAUCAAAGCCAAGCUCCAGCAGCGACAUAGCUGCAUCCAGGGACUGCCGAUGGUGACGAAAGCAGCGACCGACUCGCAAGAGACAAUCCCCACGAACAUCAUGGAAGUUCCCUCGCCUCCUUCGGCUUCGAAGCCGGUGCUUAGCCCCGAUCGUUCUGCUGAGGAGCAGAGGGAGCAAUUUCAAAGGCGACAGGCGAAGACUGCCACGAAGAUUAUGGGCGAUGAUGAUGAUGAUGAGUUUCCGUGCAGCCCCCGAUCGCCCUACAAUCCGUACCCGGCUUCGCCCUCUCAUCCGAAAGCCCGAAGCUCGAAGGAUGACUUCACUCCGGAUGGCAAGGUCUCCGAGCACAAAUGCGACAGGGCUGCUCAGCUGGGGCUUCGACAGCAAACGAAGCAGGGCCGUGGACGUGGAGGACGUGGCCGUGGCCGUGGUCGUGGCCACAAGAAAGCUGCUGAGUUCUCAGCAGCAGAAUGGGCUGAGUGGGAAGAGUGGGAUCGUCUUGAAACCGAGUGGAAUGAAACGGGCCUGGAGGAGGUGGAUAACGAUGCCGAGGCAGCCGAGAACGAGCCGAUCGUGGAGAAGUCGAACAAGAAGAAGAAGAAGAACGAAGCCGAGGCAGCCGAGGAUGAGCAGACGAUCGUGGAGAAGUCGAAGAAGAAGAACAAAGCCGAGGCAGCCGAGGAGGAGCAGCCGAUCGUGGAGAAGCCCAAGAAGAAGAAGAACAGUGCCAAGGCAGCCGAGGAGGAGCAGCCGAUCGUGGAGAAGCCGAAGAAGAACAAGAAGAAGAACAGUGCCGAGGCAGCCGAGAAGGAGUCGAUCGUGGAGAAGUCUAAGAAGAAGAAGAACAGUGCCAAGGCAGCCGACGAGGCGCCGAUCGUGGAGAAGUCAAAGAAGAAGAAGAAGGCCGAGGCAGCCGACGAGGUCCCAGAAUCAGCAAACAAGAGACGACGUGGUGGCAACGGUGACACUGAUGGCGAGAAGGCAUCAUUCGCUGGCAGGUACAGAGCUAAUAAGCGGCCUUUUGAGGGUGCACGCUGGGAUGCUAUCAAGGAGGCUUUCGAGACCUAUGUCAAGCCGAAGGGGCCGUUCUGGACUUGGUGCAUGAAAGACAUGAAGGACCAGGAUGUGACGAUCGAGAAUGUGUCGGAGUAUGUGGCCAAGUCUACCAAGAGAUACCUGAAGCUGGCCUUAGCCUUGUAA